AUGUAUACAGUUACUAAUAUUAAUCAUUGGCUAGUGUCUUUGCCGUCAUUCUUCACAACACAACCUUUAACAGUGUUAAUUCCUGCUGUUGUUACUGUAUUUUGUUUAUUUUUAACUUCUUUCUUUUUGAGAAGCUUUAGAUAUCAUAAUGCCUCAACAAAUAAUAGAGAACUCGAUUCACCCAUAAUUCAAAAAAACACGCAAUAUAUCGUUAUCCGAAAUAAACGACUUCGAAUUGUGCAUAUUAUUCAUGAGCUUGGGUCAAAAAUUCCUUUAGUCGUAUUUAUUCAUGGACUUGGUGGACAGGUAACACAAUGGGAAAAUCAAAUCGAAUAUUUUUCAUUAACUGCUAAUAUUCUAGCUGUGGAUUUAUUAGGUUGCGGAAAGAGUGAAGUGUCAUACAGAUCGAGAGAUUAUACAACUGAAUCCUUGAUAGAUGAUCUUGAAGAACUAUUGAAACGGUACCCGAGUGAAAAUACUGUAUUGAUUUGUCAUUCAUUUGGAUGUUGCCUUGGUACAAAAUUAUAUGAACGCAUUAAACAUACUAUUAAAGCCCUUGCAUUUAUUUCGGUAAAAGCCAUUAUUUCCGAAAGUGAAAAGAAAAAACAACAAAAAGUACUUUCGUAUCCUAACUUUCUAAUAAACAUUUUCCGAUAUUUGGAUCGCGUUGGCGGCAUUCAUUCUCAAAGUGUAAAUCGGAUUUUAUAUAAAUAUGCAAAUGAAGAGGUUAGAACCAAACAAUUAAGGUGGAAUAAGCAAUCAAAAACGAUUGUAUGGAAACAUAUGUUGGCUGGAAUGAACUGGUUUACCCAAGCUGAUAUAAGUUUAAUUGAAUGUCCGAUGUUACUUAUUACGGGAUCAGAGGAUAAAAUUAGUUUGCCAGGUGAUAUGAAUAUUAUUCAAGAAUGGUGCAAGUCAUCAUCUGAAAUUUUCUAUAUACCAGAAUCAGGUCACAAUGUAAUGGUAGAAAAACCUGAUAUGGUUAACCUUAUCAUUAAUGAUUUUCUUAUUAACACAUGUGGUUUGGAAACUUUGGAUCCUGCAUUGCAAAUUCUUUUCAAGACUAAAGGAGAAAAUAAGUGGUCUAUGAAGAAUUUUCAAAAGUGGAAACGGACUCCGAUAAUAUCAAAACGAACCGUCAAUAACUCGAGAUUUAGAGCGAUGAAGGUUAUGCGACAGAACGAUGAAGAACAUUGUCCAAAGUCAUUGAUUGCCAAACAUCCGGAAAUAGGAUUCAUUAUUGAUAUAACAAAGGAUCCACCACCUUAUCGAACAAGCGACUUUGAUAAUUCCCAUAUUACAUAUAUUAAACUCAGCACUCUUAGUAAGGUACCACCAUCACUUGACGACAUUCAAAAAUUUAUCAAAGUUGCGAACGAAGCAUGGAGCAAAAUGCCGGAUAAGCAAAUUGCAGUGCAUUGUCAUUAUGGGUUUAAUCGAACUGGGUUUAUGAUUUGUUGUUACUUAAUUGAAGAGCUACAUCAUUCUGUAACUGACGCACUUCGAAUUUUCGAAGAAGCAAGGCCACCAGGAAUCAGAUGA